AUGCAACAGAACUCGAUUGCCAUGGACGUGGAUGAGAACAACAAUAGUAUAAACAAUGGCAACCACAACCUGCCGAUGAUGAUGGACGCGAGUGGGGGCGAGGCGAGCAAGGGAUGCUGCGCCAGUGGCAAGUGCCUGUUGGCCGACAAGACGAGCGGCCGGUGCAUGAGCACCCAGGCGAUGCAGUCCCUCUACGACCUGAGGCAAAACAACUUGCUCUGCGACGCGGUCCUCAGACUCGAGGACGGUGGCGUCUUCCCGAUCCACCGGGUCAUCCUCUCGGCUUGCAGCUCGUACUUUAGGACCCUGUUCACCACGUCUCUGCAUCCCAAGGAGAAGACGGACUUUUUGCUGCCCAACGUCAGCAGCAAGAUCAUGAACCAGCUGCUGGAGUACGCGUACCUGCGCACCCUCGACGUCAAACGGGACAACGUCUGCCAGUUAUUGAGCAGCGCCGACUACCUGAGCUUUCUCGGGGUCGUCGAGCUCUGUUGCGAGUAUCUCCGGGCCAACCUGACCCCGGAGAACUGCAUCGGGAUCAUGAGCUUCGCGAAGGAGCACUUUUGCAGGGGCCUCGAGAAAAACGCGCGCCUCUACAUCAUGCGGAACUUUGUCAAGGUGGCGGAGAAGAGCAAGGAAAUAUUGUUGCUGCCGAUAAACGAAGUGACGGCGUUGAUAGGGGAGGACGAGCUCAACGUGAAGAACGAGGAGACGGCGUGGGAGUUGGUGCUCAGGUGGAUCAAUCACGAGCCGGAGGGGCGCAAGCACCACAUCGUCGAGUUCAUGCGCAACAUGAGGCUGGGGCUCCUCGACACCCAAUUCUUCCUCGAAAACGUCAAGGAGCACCCGUACGUGGCGGGCAACGAGGCCUGUCGGCCCAUCAUCAUCGAGACCCUCAAGUUUCUCUACGACCUCGAGAUGAUAACCCUCAAGGACGGGGAACUCCCGACUCCCGAGAUCGCCCGGCCGAGGGUGCCCCACGAGAUAUUGUUCGCCAUCGGGGGCUGGUGCGGCAACUCGGCGACCAACCUCAUCGAGACCUACGACACGAGGGCCGAUCGUUGGGUCAAGGUGGAAGAGGGCGAUCCUAGCGGGCCGAGGGCCUAUCACGGCACGGCCGUCGUCGGGUUCAACAUAUACGUGAUCGGUGGCUUCGACGGAGUCGAUUACUUCAACAGCUGCCGGUGCUUCAACGCGGUCACCAAAAAAUGGCUCGAGGUCGCCCCCAUGAACUUUAGGAGAUCGUACGUGAGCGUGGCCGUGCACAACGACUACGUGUACGCGAUGGGUGGGUUCGACGGCUACCAUCGGCAGAACAGCGCCGAGCGCUACGAUUACCGGCGCAACCAGUGGUCCCUCAUCGCCCCUAUGAACGCCCAGCGCUCGGACGCCAGUGCAACCACCUUGGACGGCAAGAUUUACAUAACCGGGGGUUUCAACGGAAGGGAGUGCCUGAACACGGUCGAGUACUACGACCCCCAGACGAACCAGUGGACGAUGGUGGCACCGAUGAGGUCGCGACGGAGCGGCGUCUCUUGCAUCGCCUACCACGGCCGAGUCUACGUCGUCGGUGGCUUCAACGGCACCUCGAGAAUGUGCAGCAGCGAAAAGUACAACCCUGCGACCAACACGUGGGCCCGCAUACCCGACAUGUACAGCCCAAGAAGUAACUUUGCCAUAGAAAUCAUAGACGACAUGAUAUUUGCCAUCGGUGGCUUCAACGGCGUCCACACCACCUUUCACGUCGAGUGCUACGACGAAAAGACCAACGAAUGGUACGAGGCCACGGACAUGAACAUGUACCGCUCGGGGGUCUCGGCUUGCGUGAUAGCCGUACUGCCGAACGCCUACGACUACAUCCACAAGCACCGGGAGCGGCUGAUGGAGGAAAAGCGCCAGAAGCUCCUGGCUUUCGAGAACCAGCGCGCCCAGCACCAGCAGCAACAGCUGGCCAGCCGUAACGCUUACCAGCUCGCCCUCAUCAACCAGCAGCGACAGCAUCAGCAGAGAUGA